AUUUAUAUGAGAGAGGGCAGCCUCCCAUAGUUCCAAUUCCAAUGCGCAGCACUCCCUGAGGCACCCCCACUCUCCAUAACACACUAAACACACUGAAAAGCACACAGAGAAAACCCAGUUUUUCUCUGAAAGAUGCCAACCAGCAAGAAGUACAUUCUCAACACAGUCACAGUGAACUUAGGUUGCAGCAGUAGUUGCAGAAGGCCAAAACUCUCCUCCGUUUUUCACCCAAAACCAAGAUGUAAAUUACCCUCUUACCGCCAUCACCAAUACUCUUCUUCAAGCUCACGGAACACCACCACCACUGCCACCGCUGCCACCACAUUUUCCGACAUGCCACCAGCCUCCUACUCCUCCGACCCCGAGUCAGAUAUCAAGAGCUUGAGGGCUGUUCAAGGCUUUGGAAAUAUUGGCGGCCAGAGUGUGGCAGUGGAGAAGGACUCAGACGACCCUUAUCUUGAUUUCCGGCAAUCAAUGCUGCAAAUGAUACUGGAAAAAGAGAUUUACUCGAAGAAUGAUCUUAAAGAACUUCUUAACUGUUUCUUGCAGCUGAAUUCACCACAUUAUCAUGGAAUCAUUGUUAGAGCUUUUACAGAGAUCUGGAAUGGGGUUUAUUCAGUAAGGUCUCCCUCCCCCAGGUUGCUUGGAAUGGGGACGUCUCGUGACUUUUAGGUGAUGCGCACGGGCAAUGCAUGUCCAAUUUAUCAUGAUUGAAGUCUUGUCAUUUUGUGUCUGGAUAUUAUUAGUAUGAAAAACAGAACCCAGAAAUUACAUAAGAGGUUUCUGUUUCAAUUAGAAAUAGGUAGGAGGGGGAAAAGCUUUAAUUUUCACAGCAUUUUUAAUUUCAUCGUAUUAGUUUCACGAAGAAAUGUAAAUGCUACUCAGGGAGUCAAAAAUUCUGUGAAAAUUGUUAUCUUUUAGCAGUUAUUAUUGAAUGCAACUUUU